AUGGUCAACAUCAUCCAGCCUAAAGUGGAUCCCUUGCCUACGGGCAUUGAUCUUACGGGCCAAACCAUUGUCAUUACCGGCGCCAGUGCCGGUAUGGGCCUAGAAACUGCAAAGCAGGUGCUUAGAUUGCGCGCCUCGACUGUAAUUCUCGCUGUACGCAAUGUCGCCAAGGGCGAGGCCUGUGCCAAAUCACUCCUCCAGGACCGCCGUAUCCAAGCCCACAACCCCAAACUGACCAUCAAGGUCAUGGAGCUUGACGUCGACCGAUAUGACAGCUUGCAAGCUUUCACAAAGAAACUCCAAGAGGAGAUCCCUAUUGUCGAUAUCCUCAUUCUAAAUGCGGGUAUCGGCCUGCUCAAGCUGGAACGCAGCCCGAGCGGACAUGACCGUACCACCCAGGUCAACUACUACUCCAAUGUUUUGUUAAUUGCCGAGCUUCUUCCGUACCUUGAGCGUGGUGCCGAGAAGACUGGAUCCCCCGCGCGCAUCAGCUGGGUCGGCAGUCGUGCGCACGAGGUGACAAGCUUUGAAAAGAAGUGUCCCAUCAAGGCAGAUGAAGGUGUCCUAGAGCACAUGGACAAAGAUGAGGCCUUCGUACCGUUUCAGCGCUAUGGGGACUCGAAGUUGCUUUGUGUGCUGUUCAUGUACAGUUUGGCUCCGCGACUGGACCCCAAGAAAGUCAUCAUUAACAUGAUGUGCCCGGGUAUGGUUAAUACCAACAUGAGCGACGUUCUUCCAUUGCACCUGCGUAUCAUAGUCAAUGCUAUCAAGUCGUUCCGUGCCAGACCUGUUGAGGUUGGUGGCUGGAUCAUCUUGAAUGCUGCGCUGGUGGUAGGCCCUGAGUCCCACGGUAAGAUGUUGGAGGAUAAGACCAUCGCUGCCAACAAAACUGCAUUUAUUCGGUCGCAGGCAGGUCAGGAGAUUCAGAAGAAACUCUGGGAGGAGACGAUGGCCGAAAUUAGCACUCUGACGACGCUUCCUAAAGAGUUUGUAUAG